GAGGACUAUCAGGGAGGGACCCGGGACCAACUUGGUCGGGAACGGUGAGCCGGCAGCUUGUGUGUUUGAAGGGGAGCCGAGGUCCGAGGCCCUGCUGGCCGACAGUAGGGGUCAGCCAUGGUUGCAGCGUCGGUGAUGCGUACUUUGCGCAGGAACAGGACUCUGCGCUACGGAGUCCCCAUGCUGUUGCUGAUUGUUGGUGGUUCCUUUGGUCUUCGUGAGUUUUCACAAAUCCGAUAUGAUGCUGUGAAGAUAAAGAUUGAUCCUGAACUUGAAAAAAAACUGAAAAUGAAUAAAAUAUCUCUAGAGUCAGAGUAUGAGAAAAUAAAGGACUCCACUUUUGAAGACUGGAAGAAUAUUCGAGGCCCUAGACCUUGGGAAGAUCCUGAUCUCCUCCAAGGACGAAAUCUGGAAAUUCUAAAGACUAAGACAACCUGACUAUGAUCAUUAAAACAAAAAAACAACAAAACAACUUUAUGCACUGGACAGACUUCUGUUCCCUGGGAAGAAAAUUGUAACUGCAACUGCACCUGGACAUGAGUAAUUUGUUCUAGUUCCCUGGAAAGAAAAUUGCAACUCCAACUGUACCUGGACAUGAGUAAUUUUUUCUAGUUCCCUGGAAAGAAAAUUGCAACUGCAGCUGUACCUGGACAUGAAUAAUUUGAUGGCAGAUAAUUGUGAUUAAAAAGUCAAUGACAAGUCUUUGUACUUUUCAGCUGGUCCACUUGCAAAUGAAGGUAGCAGUGUUGACCAUGUGUACACUCCACAGUACAGCAGUGAGCACUGCUACCAGAGAGUCCCAGUUAGCCACUCAGCCCUUUCCCCAGCCACGAGGACAACAUUGUGCCAUUUCAUUCAAAGAGAAUAGUAGGCCUGUCCAAAUUUUUAUGGUAAAAUUGAGCAAUAUAUUUAUAUUAAACCUACAUAAGAAAAUAA